AUGAUCACAUACGAAGGUACGCCUCAAGUUCGUGAAUCAAAAAUUGAUUUACUAACCCAUGAAUAUGAGUUAUUUGCUAUGAAAGACAACGAACUUGUGGAGGACAUGUUUGGAAGAUUUUCAAACAUCGUCAACGACCUUAAUAUGCUUGGAAAGACGCUCACCGACAAGGAGUUAGUGAGGAAAAUCCUGCGAAGUCUUACCAAGGAAUGGGAGUCAAAG